AGUCUUGCACAGGUGUACCGGCUCCUCCCCUUCAAUCUUGCACAGGUGUACCGGCUCCUCCCCUUCAAUCUUGCACAGGUGUACCGGCUCCUCCCCUUCAGUCUAGCACAGGUGUACCAGCUCCUCCCCUUCAGUCUUGCACAGGUGUACGGCUUCCUCCCCUUCAGUCUUGCACAGGUGUACGGCUUCCUCCCCUUCAGUCUUGCACAGGUGUACCGGCUCCUCCCCUUCAGUCUUGCACAGGUGUACCGGCUCCUCCCCUUCAGUCUUGCACAGGUGUACCGGCUCCUCCCCUUCAGUCUUGCACAGGUGUACCGGCUCCUCCCCUUCAGUCUUGCACAGGUGUACGGCCUCCUCCCCUUCAGUCUUCCACAGGUGUACCGGCUCCUCCCCUUCAGUCUUGCACAGGUGUACCGGCUCCUCCCCUUCAAUCUUGCACAGGUGUACCGGCUCCUCCCCUUCAGUCUUGCACAGGUGUACCGGCUCCUCCCCUUCAGUCUUGCACAGGUGUACCGGCUCCUCCCCUUCAGUCUUGCACAGGUGUACCGGCUCCUCCCCUUCAGUCUUGCACAGGUGUACCGGCGCCUCCCCUUCAGUCUUGCACAGGUGUACCGGCUCCUCUCCAGGACUGAAGUUGCUCACUCUGAAAUCACUGCACACUGUGAGCUUCUCACAAUGUGC